AUGUCUCGUCCUGGCACUACAUUAUAUGUCACCGGUUUCGGGCACGGAACUCGAGCUCGCGACCUUGCCUACGAAUUCGAACGAUACGGCCGUCUGGUUCGAUGUGACAUACCAGCACCACGUACUCCGUCCAGCAGAUUGUUUGCUUUCGUGGAGUAUGAGAGCCGUCGUGAUGCAGAUGAUGCAUAUCAUGAGAUGCAUAAUAAACGAAUUGGCCGUGAUGAUUUGCUCAAGAUUGAAUGGGCUCGGACCCCUCCAUCUGCUUCUUGGCGGUUUGAUUCUGGCCGUGACCGCCGACGUGACCGUUCACCUCCACGCCGUGGCCGUUCUCCAUCCCCUCGCCGGGGUCGCAGCGACUACUCUCCCAGGAGGGAUGAUCGAUACGACCGGGACUAUGAUCGCCACGACCGCGACUACGACCGACGCGAGCGCGAUCACGACCGACGGGACCGUGAUUACGAUCGACGAGAUCGAGACCGUGACCGUUCUCGUGACCGUUCUCGUAGCCCUGAUGAGAGAGAACGGGAAGUGAAGGAUGACCGAGAACGCCAGGACGACGAACGUGAGCGACGUGAUGAUGAUAAUGAAAUUGUACCAAAUGGAGAUAACAGGAAAGUUCCUCUAGACCCCAUGACUUCUGCUCACGACGAGCUUGAUACCGCUGAGUAG